AUUAAACUAAAAGAAGAAGAAGAAGACGGUCCAGUCCAGACCCAGUUAGUUAUCCGUCAGUCCGUUGCAAGUCGUCCACAGGAGCGGGUUCUUUGAGUCAUGAUGCUAAACUAGCUGGGCGACUGAAACUUGGACUUUCUGAUCGAUGGAGUUCAUGGAGAUUGACCCCCGGCCAGAAACACCAGGAGGAGGCGGUCAGGUCGAAGUCCCCGUUAUCAUCUCAGAUUCUGGCAGCAGUACUGAAGUGGACGAGGAUGAUGACGGUGACGAGAGAGCAACGGUGGCGUCUCGUCAGCAGCCUAGACUUCCUGCCACCUGGGCCUUCAGUCAAAGGAGGGCGGGCCAUGGUGCCGCACGCAGAAGGCUCAGACAGGGCCUCCGAGUACACUACUCCAGCCAGACUGCAUCGCCCUCCAGAGGUUUCCCAGACUUCCUGCUGCGAGUGCCCGCCGCCACUGUGGCCGACCCACAGUCCAGCAGCACCGAGGUCAGCGAGUCGGAGGAGGAAAGAGAAGCCGCGCCAGCCGCUACGUUGGAGACUGUGGAACCUGACGCGCCCACAAACCGUGGUCUGAACAACGCUGAUGACACACAAGUACAACAAGAAGCGGAUCCCAACCCCUCUGCAGGUCAACCUCAUAGCAUCCAGCCACCUGCUGCCCCGCCUCGCGCGGUGUCUCACGGUGAGGAGGGUGAAGGUGACACCUGCAGCAUCUGCUUCGAGGGGUGGACUGUGGCGGGAGACCACCGCAUCGCCGCUCUGCGCUGCGGACACCUCUUUGGCUUCACCUGUAUCCAGCGGUGGCUGACUGCCCAGCGCUCUGCCGCCAAAUGUCCGCAGUGCAACAAGAAGGCCAAGCGCUCCGACAUUGUGCUGCUCUACGCUCCAAAGCUGAGAGCCAUGGAUAACAGCGAGCACGAGAGCCUGAAGAAGUCCCUGGAGGAGGAGCAGUCUCUGAGGAGGAAGGCUGAGCUGGAAUCCGCUCAAUACAAACUCAAAUUACAGGUGGUGAGCAACAAGUAUGGACAAGCACAACAGGAACUACAGGAGCUCAGAGCUCAGAUGGCACAAGCCGGGAGGAGCUCAGCCGCCGUGUCCUCCCCUUCCUCCUCAUCCUCCUCGCUCCACUGUGGCCCUGACGGCCCCAAGGUGGCGCCGUACAGCUUCUUUGAUGCAGUGCUGGUUUCUCAGAAUGGAGGCAGCAGAGUUUUGUCGUACUGCGAAUCCCUGAGUGGCCUGCUGGCCUCGCAGCCUUCGCCUCACGCCGCACUUGUGCCUGGCUGGGGUGUAAAGAAAGUGAGCUUGGCCAACCUCAAGUCCAGCCAGUACAUUCCCAUCCACAGCAAUCAGAUCAGAGGUUUGUCCUUAAGCAGACAGAACGACAGCCUGCUGCUGUCGGCCGCUCAGGACUGCACCAUCAAACUCACCAGCCUGCUGACCAGCACAGUGGUUCAGACUUACAACACCGGCAAACCCGUGUGGAGCUGUUGCUGGUGUUUGGACAACAUCAACUAUGUCUACGCGGGUCUGAGCAACGGAUCGGUUCUGGUCUACGACAUCAGAGACACUAGCACGCAUGUCCAGGAGCUCGAGCCACUCCGCUCCAGAACUCCAGUGGCAUCUCUCUGCUACAUCCCAAAGGCAGCGUCCAGCUCGUUCCCAUGUGGCGGCCUGAUUGCCGGCUCCCCCGGAGGCGGCUGCUUUUGGGAGCAGGUUGCCGAAAGCACGUACAAGCCGCACAUGCUGCCGUUGGAGUCGGGAGGCUGCACUGACAUACAGGUGGAUACGGAGAGCAGGCACUGCUUGGUCACCUACCGACCCGGGCGCUUCAACCCAACUCUGCGCUGCGUCCUGAUGGCUCUGACCCGAACGCCCCUGGAGGACCUCAACCAGCCGCCCAGCUGCUCAUGCUCACCCGUGCAGACUUUCAACGCCGGCACAUCGUGCAAAUUUCUCACCAAAAACGCCAUUUUCAAUAGUCCAGAUGGAGACGGAGCCCUGGUGUGCGCUGGAGACGAGGCAUCCAACUCUAUGAUGGUGUGGCAGGCGGCCAGCGGCGCUCUGCUCCAGAAGCUUCCGGCCGAUCUCCCAGUGUUGGACAUCACGCCGUUCCGGGUGAACAGCGAGCAUUUCCUGGUGGCGCUCACAGAGAAGAUGAUGAAGCUGUACAAGUGGAAGUGAAGGAGAGCGGCCCACGGGAACAGUGCUGCUAAACUGUUUACAAUAGCAGAAUAUUUUAAAGUCUUUUCAGUCGUUAUUUUAAAAUUACUUUGGGACCUUUGACCAGCAUUGCAAGUUUUGCCUGAAACUAUAAAUCAGCAAAAACAAAAAACACACAGAUUGUUUUUGUGUACGCAAACGUGCCAGGGCCUCCUUACGGGUCAUGUAUGCAGACGCGGUUCAUCACAACUGUCCUCAAUUUUAUAAAUUGUUGGCCCGUCUUGAUUCACAACACGUACAUUUACCUGUUACAUGUUUUUGUGCGAGAGAUUUUCGGUGUGCUCUGCAGACACACGACUGAAGUGUCAGAUUUCUAAGUGGCCUUGAACUCACCACAAACACCCAGCUUCCAUCCAAUCUAUUUUCUAUGCCGCUUAUCCUCACAAGUGUCCUGGGUAUGCUGGAGCCUAUUCCGGCUGACUUUGGGUGAGAGGCGGGGUACACCCUGGACUGGUCGCCAGCCAUAGGGCACAUAUAGACAAACAUUCACACUCACAUUCAUACCUGUUGCCAAUUAACCUAACAUGCAUGUUUUUGGAAUGUGGGAAGGAAACUGGAGUAUCCGGAGAAAACCCACGCAAGCACGGGGAGAACAUGCAAACUCCACACAGAUGCCCAAUGAAGAUUCGAACCCAAAUCUUCCAGAUCUCCAACACCCAGCUUGAUUCAUGUAAAUUUAGUCACUAAAACAUAAAAUAGUAAAACAUACUAACAUAUUUGUGUUUGUAUGCUGCACAAGUGCUUAAAAUUUUCUAAAGAUUGUGUGUAUGUGUAUAUGUUUGUAUCAGUCAUUGUUUUAAGCUAAUAAAAUAAAAUCUUUUUAAAUCUGUCUCGGGUUCUCUCUUCAAACAAUGCAGCCCAGCAGGUUGAGUGAGAAAUCGUAAUCUUAAACAAGUUUUGUUUGCGGAUCACAGAUAAGGAACAUGUGACGUUACUCAUACCGAGCCUGCAGUCUAUUUGUCAAAC